CAGUGGAAGUUGUUCCGAAUGAACUUGAUUUUUCACUGAGUGAGUGCAUGUUGUAAAACAUUUGUUUAAUCGUGGCCUUUUCGAAGAAGUCAAUCUAAUCUCUGUUACUGCGAAUUUAUUGGAAGACUGACUUCUAGAAUGACGAUGAAUGGAUGCGAUUGCAGAGAGCUAGUUGGCAUGUGAAGAAACACUGCACGCUGUCCCCGUCGCCGUUGUGUAAACGGAUGGAAAAAUUAAGUUAUUCUUGAGUGAGUUUAGCCAUCCUGGAAGCUAUGAAUAACAUAACUGGGUACAGGUUCCCGCCAACGGCGAACACAUCUAUAUUUUCUCCGACGCCAAAUUCUACUCAGCUGGUACCAACAAACCAAAAAUCACCGAGCGGUAAUUUCAUAAACACGAUUUUAACCAGCUCGUUUGUGUUCGUCAUUACAGCUGGUGUGAUAGGUAAUACCCUAGUUAUAGCCACUAUCGCAGCCAGGCGGUGCAUGAAGACACCCUGCAAUCUAUUCAUUACAAACAUCGCCCUUGCAGACUUACUUGUGGCUGUGAUCCUUGGCCCUCUCCGUGUGGCUGAGUUGUUUAUCGGUUGGCCACUGGGAGAAUUUUUUUGUCGCUUCCUGGCGCCCUUCCAGGAAGUGAUUGUGUGCGUUUCAGCUGUCACGCAUACCCUGAUAGCUCUUGAAAGACACCGUGGCAUUGUGACACCAUUUAAACCUAAACUGAGUAUUCCAACAGCCAAGAUUGCCAUAGCGGUCAUUUGGUGCACAUGCUGUUUGACAAUAGGUUUACCGCUGGCCUUAGUUUUGAAGGAGGUAGAGCUUAAAGGUAAAAAAUAUUGCAAAGCCUCUUGGCCCUCGAUUCACAGUCGCCAAGUUUAUGAAGUGUUCCUAAUCACAGCGUUCAUAGUGGUACCUCUAAUAAUGCAAACUGCCACCUACAUCAAAAUUGUGGCGACUAUCAAGAAAGAGGACGCUUCUUCCCAAACUAUUUCACGAAGUGGAACUGUGGAACAACGUAGAAAUCAGAUCCGAAAGAAGGCGCAUUUGGUUAAAAUGCUGGUCAUUUUAGUGGCUGUUUUUCAAGUGUGUUUUAUUCCGCGAGGAAUCUACAUGCUAGUUUACGAGUUCGCCAGUGCAUCCUAUAAGGAAGCAAACAGGGAUGGCAUGAUGAUCGCAAACAUCUCCACAAUUCUCAUAUUUUAUCUUAAGCACGUCUUAAACCCAUUUAUUCUAUUUGCGAUGAGUACUGAGUUUCGAAACAACUGCUUCCCCCGGAAACUUUGCAAAAACAACUCGAAUUUUGCUUCGAGUAUGUCGCGUUAUAUGUCUAAGAACUCUCGAACUCAAGUGUCACGCAAUAGCGAGGUAUUUGAAGAAAAAGAAAUGAGUAAAUUGUGUGACAGUAGCUCGCCAGAUGUGCUUGAAGGAAAGAAAGGAAAAGCAGUGUUCGUCUAGAUAGUGACACUAACAAACAUAGAGUGUGAGUGACUACUUCAUGCCCGGCUCCACGGGUUUGGUGACGUUGUCACUUAGCGAGUGUUCUUUCUUUGAAGGGGAGAGAUGGAGCUCCCCUGAACUAUUCAACACUAAGGGUCAAACGUCUGCGCAUGUGCGAAUUUGUAAUGACUAGUGCCGUAAAGACAACCAAGUUGUCCCACACAAGUUACAAUACAUCACAUAAGCCAGAUAAUCGCGGUAUUUGUAUGUGUAAUCAAAUGGCGACGAGUGAAAUUAGGAAAUAAUUCACGCGCGUUUUGUCAAAAUUCUGAUAAUUUCCCGAGCCUCUAAGCGAGGGAAAUUAUCUGAAUUUUGACAAAACGCAAGUGAAAUUAUUUACUAAUUUCACGAGAAAACCAUUUGAUUACCUUUUAUUA